AUGGCCAUACGGAGCGAUUCGGGGCUUUGCACCCUGUCCCACAGGGCGCAGAGGUGCCACAAGCCUGAGACCGGCGCCUUUGACGCAAUGCCUCGUCACACGACCAAAGCCUCCGCAGCAAUAUGGAGAGUGGUGGGCCACGGCAGCAACUGUAGAGUAACACUCAAACACGCCGGCGGCCGGCGAGGUGGCCGGCGUAGGCAAGCAAGGCUAUCGUCGAUAGCUCGCGCAGUUGUCACGCCCUUUGAAGCUGGACAAUGUCCGACGCGAACGCACAGAUUUCUCGGGCGCGUGACCAGACCAGUAUUAUCGUCGGCCUCACAAAGGCUCACGGAACGGGCUGACACCCAAUCUCAACUGUGGGUCCCAAUGCUGAAGCCUAUCAGCCAGGUUGGCCCACGGUGUUCUCGCCCCGGAAGGACAGGGCGUUGUGCCAGAGAUAACCGUGGAUGCGAUGUCCGGCCCCAAUGGCUGGCGGGGAAUGGACACGAAUAUAGCGAUAAUAAUGGGGCCCUGGAGCAAAUCAAGCUGUCAGAUCCCAGAAAGCUGGCCGACGAGCUCGCCAGGGGGAUGAGGGAUGAUACCACGCUGGGCUAA